UAUAACUCAAUAACUUAUUUAGUUCUCUCUCUUCCCAACCGCUGAGACUGAGGCUGAAAGCUCUCCUUUGGGGCAUCAUGUUCUCUCAUCUUCAAGCUCAUAUCCAGAGGAAAUACAACCACCCAUAUUAAAUAGAUGACCCUGACAGUUUCUUCUGGCUGUGUGUCAACCCACCUCAGCCAAUUGAUUUCUUACUGACUGAGGAGAGUGAGUCCUCCUUACCCUACCUAACUACUGGGGCUGCUAAAUACCUGUCUCUCUGCCGAGCGUCUCUGACGCAUCCACAAGGGCUCAGUUGCACCGCAACAAGACACAUUUCAUCCUCCCUCCUGGUGCCCAUCCUCGCCCUCUCCCUCCCUCUCACUGUCUCCCAUGUGUAAACAUGGCUCAGUGGCAGUGAAAUACAUCCAUACAUCCAUAACACUGUCUAUGGGGACAAGGCGUUUUCCGCUUCUUACUACCAAAUUAUUGGGGCGCAGAAGAAUGCGCUGCUAAAACACUCCUCUCCGGGCUCUUGACUCUCUCUUCCCGCAAUUCUAUACAUACAACCAUCCAUCCAUCCAUCCAUCCAUACAUACAUACAUACAUACGUACAUACAUACAUGCGCCUUUACUUGCCUGAGCUAGCUAUCUUGCCCCUCCGUUGACUGCCUUGCCCGAUCGGCCGCUGUUCUUGUAGCGGCCUUUUGCACCGGAAUAAAUACUCCGCCUGCAAUGAACGGGACCCAGGUGCAACUCAUUCAUUCACUUGUACCUUCUUUAUCCCUUAUGAGCUUUCUUCUACUACGUUGCAACUAUACCCUUCGGUCUCCCGGCCAAAAUACAAAAUAUCUCUAUCUUCACACACUUCAAUCUUCAGAUAUUCCCUCAUAGAAAAUUCGGGACUACACUCCUAGAAUUCUAAUGAAGGCCUUCUUUUGGUUCCUUUGCACAAUAUCCUGAGGCGUUGGGUUUGGGUUUCUUUUUCCCCUUCAGAUUCAUCUCGACUCUUCUCAUCGCUCUCAUCGCUCUUUGUCCCAUUUCACAUAUUUAGUUGGAUUGAUUGUCCCUGCCCACUUCAAUUUCAUCCCCAGAGCUUCUGCACAACUCGCUUUGCGCAGCGGUAAGAGGAGAUUAAGAGCGCCUUUUCCCUCUUUGCCCCAAACAUGCCGAGGAGGGACUUCAUACGCGAUUUACAAGAGGCUUCAAGCCUAGGGAAAAAUUCCCGCAUGGUGGAUGUGAAGGCCGGGGAUGACGACGGCGUUAUUUCUUGCACAUUUUCCCCGGAUUCUUCAUCUGAAAAACCAGUGGAGAUUCAGCUCCUAGUUUCCGACUUAUCUUCAUACCCAAAGGAGCAUGACUACUUUGUGUAUACUACAACUGAAGAUGUUCCCCAGGCAGUGACUGAAGCAUUGGAGGAGGUGCAAUCUUAUCUGAGCGGCCUGAGCAUCUCUGACAUGCUUAUGCAAAUUACCAGCACCCUGGAGAAAGCAUUGUCUCCUGAUUCGGGCAGUGAUCUUGAUAUGCUCGAUGCACCUGAGGACUCCGAUGGUGAAUAUGGCUGGUCUCCACACUCUCCUAUAGUUUCAGUGCAGCAUGUUGAAAACCCGGAUACUGGCAUGCUGACCGGGAACUCUGACGAUAUCAUCCUUGCCAAGCUGGCGGUGGACCUCCGCGAGGCCAAGAUGGCCGGCUUCAGAGUGGGAUACUUGGGAAAUCCCGGGAAUCCAAUUAUCUCCAUCUCGUGCCGGCUCUCAAAACUUGCAAUAUCUGAGGAAGCAAUGCAGGCUUGGCAUGUGAACGGAAACCAAUACCUUGUUUGCCUUAUCCGCUACAUAGACAGAUAUCGCUCUCUCGAAGAAAUUAUGCAAGAGGAUUCUGCGUUUGGGAAAGUUCAUUUGGAGUUCCAGGCUGACUUGUGCGAUUCGUACAAACCUACACUCCAAAGUGCCUUAACCGCAUUCAACCGUUACGAUUCCAAGGCGGGAGCUACAUACGAUGAAGCAGAUAGCGCUUCCCUGGCGGGCCAACCAAAUUCUCGAAAGAUGAUUCGGUCGUUCAUCAGCAAGCCACUAAAUGCUCUUUUGAAUGAACGUUUUGUUAAGAUUCUACAGUACAGACACACUUUCGGUUUUCCUUGGUCUGGAGCAGAAGUCUUUCUCAACGAUGUUCAAGGAAAGUCUCUCAACCAUGCACACCCAUCAGAUGAUAAAUAUACCAAAGAAGAAACCCUUGCUUCUUCAUCAACCACCCUGCCGGACUUAGUAACCUCUGACCAUCUGAUAGAGAAAUAUGGCGAUGGUGCAUCUUUCCCACUUAUUGCAAUGCAAUUUGUACUCCGUCAUUUUGUCCGAUGCACGGAGUUUUGUCUUGUUUGUCACUGCAAGACGGAAGAUGCAUUUGAGGCGCUGAAACCAUAUGUAUGCUCUAAAAGCCUUUGCUUGUAUCAGUACAUGGCUCUUGGAUUCGGGCCUAGUUUGGAAUGGGAAGUCAUAUCGCAGCCUUAUGUCGUGGAUCUACUUGUUAGUUUCACCUAUGCCAGUGCCAAGCAAAGUCGACUGGAUGACUUCCCUACUGGACUCGGACUUUUGGUUCCCCCUGUUGUAAGCUUUUCACCAGUUAUACCACACGUGGGCUACCAGCGAGGCUCUGCGAUUAGCUCAUCAAGUGCAAAUGCGCAUGCUGUUACCAAGUUCGACUAUUCAAAGUUAGAACUUCUUUUUCCCAGCGACUGCGGGAACUGCCCUGUUCGUACCGGGGAUUGGAUUGUGAUCUCCGACUGUGAACCCAACAGACAGUUCCACUGUCGGGUGCAGGAUAUUUUCUUUUUCCCAACGGUUCACUUGUCCAGCCCCGUCUCGCGACAGGUAACACCAACACCAGUUCCAGGCUCUAACAACAACCAGCCCAACAUCCAAGCCGAAUACUCGGAUGUGACUAUUUACAUCUAUAACCAUAACUUCGAUGACAUUAGUGCUGUUGACAAACAGAGUACUAUUGCAAUGCUCCUCGAUACCCUGCCCAGCGUGGACGAGAUGAGGAAGUUCCUAUUGAAUAACUCUGAGAAGGCAGAACCUAUGCUUACUGAUUGGCGUGUCAGGAUCUCUAAAUCAGCACUGGAUGUGCUACGUUGGAUUGUCGCUUCAAAUCGUUCCUGUAUCAUUCAAGAUGGCCAAACAGCAGAUUCAGCUUACAACGACAGUGACCGCGUCUCUGGCAUGGAGAACUACAUGCAGUUCAGAUUCGCGCAGGGUGCCCCUGACAAAGAGCAACGAUUCGUGCAAGCAGUUGCUGCCGUAACUGAAAGACUCAACCUCAAGUACCCUACUAUUUUUGCCUGGCAUGGAAGUCGCCUUUCUAGUUGGCACGGCAUCUUACGCGAAGGUUUGCAUUUCCGCGAAACGGUUCACGGUCGUGCGUUUGGAAAUGGCGUGUACAUGAGCCCUGACUUCACAACCUCGUCUUCUUAUACGAGAGGCACCCCCAUAGCAUGGCCCCAGAGCCAAUUGAAAAUUCAAUCCGCAAUAUCCCUGAACGAAGUCGUGAAUGCCCCCAACGAAUUCGUGAGCAAGUCACCUCAUCUCGUCGUAGCGCAGCUGGACUGGAUACAGCCACGCUAUUUGUUUGUUAGCUGCCAAUCUCUCGAUUUGUGUAACAAAGAUCGCGUGGAACAGGGUUCCUCUUCUGCCUGCCAUUUACAGGACCCUGAAUAUACCGCCAAAGGCCCAAGUGGAAAUCCGAUUAGAAUCCCAGUUACGGCGGUCAGCCAAGGGCGCCGUAUUGGUGGAAAAAUCACCGAGUCCGAGCAAGCAAAUACUCUGAACAGCAAUUCUGCUUCAUCAGCAGCCAAGGGCUCUGCUAAUAUGCAAGAAUCACCCGCGAAAAGAAGACUUCAGAUCUUCGGUGACAGAUCUUCCUUUUUUCGGCGCGUGUCUGCCGGCAUAUCAAACAUCGAAAAGUCCCUCCCAGGUUCUUCCACAAAGGCAUUAGGUCCCAAGGCGCGCCGAUCCACAACAGAUGGCUAUAUUAGUGAAGACACAGAUGAUGAAGAUAACCUGAUCCUGCUUAAAAACGAACAAGAUACCAGCCAGGAGCAGAGUAACAACAAGGGUAAAGCGUCAGUCCACGACACACCAACUAUAAUGGCAACCACCAACUCCUCCGCCCCGAAAACCGACUUCGUCCCCGGCACCCUCAUCGCAGCCGAACUCCCUCUCCUUGAGGAACCGAAAACCUCCACGCUCUGGGCGACCAAAGCCCUUCUACGCGAUCUUAACACCACCCUAAAAACCCAAGAAACCCAACCUCUCCACGAACUCGGCUGGUACGUCGACCCCAGCAUAACUAGCACAGUCUACCAAUGGAUCGUCGAACUACACUCCUUCGACCCAUCCCUCCCACUAGCCACGGACCUCCAAAACGCAGGUCUCAAAUCCGUCGUGCUCGAGCUCCGCUUCCCAAGCGACUAUCCCAUCUCCCCACCCUUCGUGCGCGUUAUCCGCCCACGCUUCCUCAGCUUCUUCGCCGGAGGCGGCGGCCACGUCACUGCCGGCGGCGCGUUGUGUAUGGAACUGCUCACUAAUUCGGGCUGGUCAGCUGUGUCGAGCAUCGAGAGCGUGCUGUUGCAGGUGCGCAUGGCAAUUUCGAGCACGGAACCGCACCCAGCGCGUCUGGCGGGCGGGCAGACUGUGAGUAAGGGGACUGUGAGGGAUUAUGGCGUUGGAGAGGCUAUGGAUGCGUAUAUACGCGCGUGCCGGAUGCAUGGGUGGGAGGUGCCAAAGGAUUUUGGGAAGAUGACGAUGGGGGGAGGGAGUGGUGCAACGGGUAGGAUCUGAGAUUGGCCGAAUAUCUCUUACCAUUUCUCAUUUUUCAAUUUUCCUUUCUGUUUUUGUCUUAUUAAUUUUUUUUACUCCAUUGCUCUGGGCUUGGGUUUCGGUUGGUGAUGAUUUGGCAUUUGGUUAAGUCAAUGAACACAUGGGGAUAUUUUGAGGCAGUGCGAUUUCUAUUUUCAUUACCUCCCCCAUAACCCCUCUCCCGUCCGCGACAAACCUUCAAGAAUAGUUAUGGCAUCUCUAUUGAAUUCUUCUCCUUUCCUUUCUAUCUCUCUUUCAAGAAUAAAUGAAUUUAAUGUGAAGAGGUGCACUGUAGCUCUGAGAUUUGAAGUCUUCUUUUUCCUUCUCUCUUUCUCCCGUAUUAGAUACCUAUCAGUAAUGUAUGUAAUCUGCUCCCAUCAAACGUAGUAUAUUUAUUUAUAUGAUCUAACAAAUUUUAUGUGUACUAUUGC